AGGGAGAUACCGGGAAACAAUCAUCAUCAGGUGAAUACAAUCCCUGGCCGUCGUACCACUACACCGGUAAAUUGCGCCCAUACCCAAGGCCAGAAAGACGACAAGUGCCAAAAGGAAUAAUGCGUCCAGACUAUGCCGAUCAUCCGGAGGGGCUUCCCCUGAGUGAACAGGCGGUGCGUGGCUCGGCGCAGAUAAAGAUUCUGGACGAGGAGGAGAUCGAGGGAAUGAGGGUUGCGUGCAAAUUGGGACGAGAGGUGUUGGACGAAGCAGCCAAGGCAUGCGACGUCGGUGUGACGACAGCUGAACUCGAUAGGAUCGUUCAUGAAGCCUGCCUCGAGAGGGACUGCUACCCAUCGCCGCUCAAUUAUCACCAAUUCCCUGCCAGUUGUUGCACUUCUGUUAACGAAGUUAUUUGCCAUGGAAUACCCGAUAACAGGCCGUUAGAAGAUGGCGAUCUUUGUAAUGUUGACGUGACGGUGUAUCACAAUGGUUUUCACGGUGACUUGAAUGAGACGUUUUUCGUUGGUAACGUGAAACCAGAAAUAAAGAAACUAGUCCAAGUGACCUACGAGUGUCUCUCGAAGGCCAUUGACAUCGUCAGACCAGGGGAGAAGUACAAGGAUAUUGGGAAUAUCAUUCAGAAGCAUGCACAGGCGCAUGGCUUCAGCGUCGUGAGGAGUUACUGUGGCCACGGGAUACACAGACUAUUCCACACUGCCCCCAGUGUUCCUCAUUAUGCCAAAAAUAAAGCAGUUGGCGUGAUGAAACCAGGUCACUGCUUUACAAUCGAGCCAAUGAUCUCUCAAGGUACAUGGAGAGACGAAACAUGGCCAGAUAGUUGGACAGCAGUGACAGCUGAUGGUCAAUGGUCAGCCCAAUUCGAGCAGACUCUCCUUGUCACUGAGACUGGCUGUGACAUUCUCACAAAACGACGCACCAAUGACGGCCGUCCAUGGUUCAUGGAUCGUUCCUAGUGAUUUUCAUGGGAGAUGAAUAUUUUCCAAGGUUUGGGAUCCCAUUAAUGAGGUGAAUCGUCCAGUGUUUGAAUGAAUGAGAUUCCACGAUAACUCAAAUUUUGGAUGAUCUCAUUGCACAACUCGCCCAUUACGGUGAGUUAACCGUCAUAUUACGGCAAGUGGUUUGAACACUGAAUGAUUCACAUUAUAUCGUGAAAAAAAAAACCCCUUAUUUUUCAUCCCCUGGAUACAAAUCGCAUUUUUGAUAUGAUGAACUGAAAAUCAAGCCGAAUAAACGCAUGAAUCUCUCAUCAAUCACGAAGAUCAGAUGUGUGCCUUCUAGCACGCAUUAUCUUCGAUUCUUCCUUCACCGAUUAAUGAAAUUCGUGUACAUAUAUUGAACCCACAACUCGUUAAAUUGACCAUUUAAUCAAAUAAACGUCCUUCUAAUCAACA